UUUUUAAUGCAUGUGGGGGGGCUAGUGUGUGAGUGUGUGUGCGUUUGUGGUAUGCGGUGUGUACAGCGUUAUCUAUUGUUGUCACCUUGUUUGUUCCUGAAAGAAUCUACAUCUCUUUUUACGGUGUGUAGUGGCUUCCCGGCAUUCUGAGGAUCAAAGAUGCCAGGUAUAUCACAAAUCAGGACUAUAUGGAAGCCCGCAGAAAAGCUGCAGAGGAUUUGACAACAUCAGGGAAAAGUGGUUCCUGAGGCCUAGCAGAGCCCAGGAAUGGCCCGCACCGUGCUGAAUCCUUGGACGUCAUCCUGCUCUCUCCUGCUCCUCUUAUGUCUGCACAGAGCUUCAGGUAUGUCAGGCUGGGCAGGAUGUUUGGAUGGUCAGGAUGUAUUUGCAACAAUUAAAGAGAACAGCCUCUUUGGGGAAGUUGUCACUGAGAUGGCGGCUGACACCGCAAUGGAAGGGGUUCGGUGGAGUCUGGAGGGGAAGGAUGCUCACUGGUUCUUCUUUGAUGAGAGAAACAUCCGGCUGAACGCAUCAGCUGACAAGAUCCUUGACCGAGAGGCUCUGGGUCCGGUCCUAAUGGCUGAGUUAUCAUGCCACGAGGAGGACAUACAGCAGACUGUGUACAGGGUUAUGGUGGAGAUCAUCAAUGAGAACGAUAAUUCACCUGUGUUUGCAGAAAACACUGCCCGAUCUCUUAUCAUCAGUGAGCUGACUCCUGUGGAUACUGUGGUAUUUACUGUACAGGCCACAGAUGCAGAUAAUGACAAGAUCCUUUAUUCAAUUGAUCAGGCAUCACCCGAUGCAGAGUACUUUAAAUUUGAUCUGCCGAACAGCGGAGAGGUGAUCCUGUCUAAACCUCUCGACUACGAGACCAAAACUCUGCUUACCGUCACCAUCUUUGCUUCAGAAAUGGACACUGCUGAGCACUACAACACCAGCACCAACAUCACCAUCUCCGUCCUAGAUGGAGAUGACCAGUACCCACAGUUCGUUCCCUGCAUUUUGCUCUUCCGAGAUGAGACCAGCCGGAUUUGCACCAGCCCCGUGUACAUGGUCAAUGUCACGGAGGGGGAGGAGGACAUUGUGUUGGACUUUUCUCCGGGUCCCAUUCAUGCAGUAGAUGGAGACAAAGAGAUCAGCUCUCCACUCAGCUAUGCCAUCCUUUCAGGAGAUGACAAUGGUCAUUUCACAAUGGACAGAAAGACAGGUGUGAUGAGACUAACUCAGGGAGUGAGAGAAAGACUCGUGACACCAGUGCUGCAUCUUCAGGUCAUGGCAUACCAGGACGAUGACCCCAGGAAGUAUUCUGUUGCUACGGUGUUGGUCCGAGUCCUGGCAGCGAACCUGUUUAAUCCACAGUUUGACAUGAAUGAGUAUCACGGUUUCGUAACUGCAGGACAAAAUGCAGCUUCUUUGGUCAACACCUAUGGCACAAAAGCACUGAUGUUACAUGUGCACGACCAGGACUUUAAACAAGGUUUCAAUCCCAGGAUCAUCUACGCCUUCAGUCCUACAUCCAAUCACACGGACAUCUAUCAAGUCACACCGGGGGGGUUCCUCAUCGCCAAGACCAAUCAACUCAAACCAAAUCAGAAACACGUUUUAAAGGUGUCGGCUGUAGACCAGGAGUCAGGCGAUGCCACUUUUGCCACAGUCGUGGUGGAGGUGUUACCUGAAGGAUGCCCAAUCCCUCACAGUCCAGCUGGAGACCGCCUGACAGGCUGCACCGUGGGAAAAGCGUUGUUUAUGAGCAUGGUGUUUAUGACUCUGCUGGGAUGUUUCUUGUCACUGCUGAUGUGGCUGAAGAAGAAACAAAAGACAAUGAGGGACCCUCUGCAGAGAGGCUGUGUGGCUCAGGGCAAACACCCCAACGUGAGCUUACGGUGGUUCCAGCUGGUGAGUCACAGCAGUGCUAUGCCACACACGGAGGAGGUCGCUUACAAAAACAAAGAAUGUGGGACCUGCAAUCCUUCCUUCAGCUUCCAAGACCAAUCAGAUGCCAUUCAAGACACCCCCAUCAGCCAAGAAUGCAUGCUUGCUGUAUCUGAUGCCAGCCUCAUCCUCACUGAAAUCGCGUGUGUCCCUGUGAAUUUCAACAAUAAAGCAUCCACACCAACCAAAACCUCCUGUGGUUCAGCCACCUUUCACCCAGCCGAGGAGGGAGGGGAUAAAGAUGCUGAUCCACCAAAAGAAAACCCUGGUCCACCACCUGGCACGACCGCAGACCACACUAAUGACACCAGUCCUGCCCCUGCAGUCCACCACGGCACUAGACAUUCACCUUUAACCGCACCGGAUUCACAAUCAGCAUCCACCGACAACCCCGUUCAACCAGUCACCGGUCCCUCCUCCCCUCCCAGCAGUUCAUGCAAUCGUAUUCAAACUGCUACAGCUGAAAUGGACAAUCCCCUCAAAGAAACUCAUGACAAGACACCUUCACAUUCGCCAUCACAGUCCUCACUCCUCCACAAAGGGCCAGAUGCAUCCCCUCCCACCCCAGAACACGGCCCUUUGAAAGCAACUUUGGUACACAUAGAUACUCCAACUCCAACUGAUACCCCUCCAGAAACACCAGGACAAACAGCAGAGACUAUGAGCCUGGAGGCGGAGGAACCCUCCACCUCACUGGACCAGAUAGACCCAUCAGAUCCUGCAGAUGGGACAGCAGACGCUGGUAGUCCAUCUGAGGGCAGAAGGUCGUCGACGAACUCAGGACCCACCCAGGUUAUCUGCAGGGUGGGGGGUGAAGACGAUGAUGGUUUUCUUGGAGAUGAGGAUGCAGACAAGAACAGUGAUGGCGAGAGUGAGUUAGAGUCAGAUGAAGAAGAGCUGCUGAGAGUGAUGGCUCGUUGUAAUCCAAUUUUUAUCACAUUUAGAAAGUGAUGUCACAAUGAUAUCGCAGGCACUGUGAGUGGCUGAGCGGGUGGCAGAAGAUGGAGCAGGUAAAGUGAAGAUGGAUGACUCGGAUAACGGAGAGCCGGAAUGCAGUAAAUGGACAUAAGAGCCUCAGCCAUAGAAGCAGACAGGAAACAUGUGCUUCACACAUGCAGAAACACUUGUACUGUACGGUAUUUGCUACACAAUGUGGACAUAUUUAAAAAAAAAAAAAAAAAAAAAAAAAAAAAAAUCUUGGAAAUGUACCAUUUCUUGUAUAUUUCAGUUAGUCUAGGUAAGAACGCUACAUUGUAAACGCAUUAUUUUUAUGUGAUACUCCAACUAUGAAUUUUCAAAAUGCAGCAAAUUCAGUAAGGACAGCACUACGUAGCCUGAUCUGUCAUAAAACUGCUGUGGUCACUUCUUGUGACAUCACAGGACUCGAGUAUCCCUCAACAUUUGAGUUUAAGUGAAAAAUAGCAGCUCAUGUGCAUUUUAACAUCUCCAGAAUGCUGUGUUGUCUGAUGUUUUCACAGUGUACGGCUGCAUUAAUAAUUUUGCCUACUCUGCAGCCUGCCUCAUGUUGUAUUUUUUGUCCUUUUAUCUUUUUAUUCGAACAUUACCAAUGGCAAUAUUUGACUCAGUUAACUGAGAGUGGGUAUCCAACUAUGUAUUCCACUGGUGUUAUAAUUGACUUAUCACAUCACUGAAAUAGAUUUUGGAAACGUUGGGAAGUUUAGGAAGUAAAAAAAUUCCACUUUUGGUAAAUUAAUCUAUCAUUUACAGUAGAUGAAAUAGAUUAUAUUGUGUCUCUUCAGUUUGAAUAGAUGGUGCAGACUGAGCCAAUCAUCUGUGCAUAAAAUGUUCCACAGAGGACAUUAACACCAGGAGGAAAAAAUAUAUAAUGAAAUAAAAUAAACACUUCAUAGUCCAGGGAUCUCUGUACAUCAGAGUGGUGUUGAUGAGGACAAGGGAGCAUAACUAUGCCAGAAGCAUGGGGGCUUCUAUAAUUGUGAAAUGGAAACACAACAAAGUUUUGGGCUCCACCAUCUCUCUGCCUGAAAGAGACAUCCAGCUAGAAGCAACACCACCUCUCUAGCCCUUAUCAUGCUUUACUGAUAACAGCUAGAUACCAGCAGAUUGGAUACAAGUCACAACAACUAGCUGUGGGUGGCAAAUUGGCAUUUGAGAGACAUAAUUUUCUCUGGUUUGAUGAGAAAAUGUAAUAGAGUUUUUGGGUUGAACGCCUAGCUUUUGUCUGUUAAACACGGAGCCCUUGGUUAAUAAAAGAAGUCAAGAAGUGGAAAAAGAUCAAACCAAAAGGCAUGCACUGUGUUGAGUAGUGUGAGCACAGUAUCACCGGCUUU